AUGUUUGACAUAAAGGCGUGGGCUGAGUAUGUCGUGGAAUGGGCUGCAAAAGACCCAUAUGGCUUCCUUACAACAGUCAUUCGGGCCCUCACUCCACUCUUCCUAACAAGCACUGUACUGUCCUGGAAAUUGGCCAAGAUGAUUGAGGCCAAGGAGAAAGAGCAAAAGAAGCAGCAAAAACGUCAAGAAAAUAUUGCCAAAGCUAAACGACUAAAAGAAGAUUAA